AUGUCUAAAGGUAUACAUCUUUCUGAACCUGUUUUUGUUCCUGCUUUACGUUCAGAAGUUGCACCAAUAAAUGUUGCUCAAACCCCGGAACCAGAAAAUCUACCAGAAAAAGCCCCAUCAGAAUCACCUCAAAUCACCCAUGUUCUCACACCUCCUUCUCCACCCAAAACCAAUGUUACUUCUGACCACUCCCUUGAAACCCUUAAUGAUCUCAAGGAAAGAUUUGCUAAAGCCGAUUGUAUUCGUGUAUCAAAUCUGCGAGUUGAGAUCAAUAAUUUCAAACAAGGUACUAAACCUGUUCUCGAUUAUUUUACUGAGUUACGAGGAUUAUGGGAAGAGUUGAACUCCCACAGACCAAUUCCAAGCUGCACUUGUGUUCAUCAAUGUCGAUGUGAAGCCAUGUACAAUGCAAGAGAUUUCAGGUUUGAAGAUCAAAUCAUCCAAUUUCUAACAGGUCUAAAUGACAAAUUCUCAGUCAUAAAGACUCAGGUAUUGCUACUUGAUCCUCUUCCUUCAAUCAAUAAAGUUUAUUCCAGGGUAAUUCAAGAGGAAAGUAACAAUAUCUCCUUGCUACCUAAACCUGAUACUACUUCAAACAUUGAUGAGGCUAACACUCUUGUUAAUACCUAUGAUUCAAGAAAACAAAAUGAUCGGGGCAAAUCUUCCAAUUCUUAUAGUGGCCAUUCUAACAGUAAUAAAGAUAGUAGAAUGUGCACUUUUUGUAACAGAUCUGGACACGCAAUUGAUGUGUGCUAUCGAAAACAUGGCUUCCCACCCAAUUUCACCAAGAAACAAUCUUCAGCCAAUGCAUCUAUUGGUGAUACACAGCCUUUGGUUAGCACUAGUGAAGAAGGUCAUACAAAUAAUCCUAUUGCUAGCAUUACUCAAGAUCAAUAUGCUCAAUUGAUUAGCUUGUUGAAACAAACAAAUUUGCUGCCUCUUAAUACCAAUACCAAUCCUAGUGCCAAUCAUAUUUCCAUUCAGUCAAGUCAUACACCAAUUACAAACUCAGGUAAACUUUUUGUUUCCACAGUCUCAUGUUCUAGUCAUACUGUCAUACCCUAA